CUUUGUUCAAUGGAAGUAUGUUAUCAGCUGCCGGUUUUGCCUCUAGACAGGCCGGUUCCUAAGCAUGUCCUCAGCCGGAGAGGAGCCAUCAGUUUCAGCUCCAGCUCGUCUCUCUUCGGCGUUCCUGAUCCAAGACAGCUGUCUCAGAGACGAGGGGCCAUCUCUUACGACAGCUCAGAUCAGACCGCUCUGUACAUUCGUAUGCUCGGAGAUGUGAGAGUGAGAAGUCGGGUAGGAUUUCAACCAGAAGAAAAAGGUUCCCACUUGUACCUGUGCAUUGACUUCCGCACCCUACACUCCUGCUCAGACUCCGCCUCUAGUCUUAUCCCUGGUCCUGGGUUCAGUUCGGCUGGGCCUGUGUCUGGUAGGAGGCUCCGCAGACUGCUCAGCUUCCAGAGGUACCUGCACUCCUCCCGUCUGCUCCUGGGAACACCCCACCUCAACCCCCUCCACAUCCUGGAUGAGGACUACACCGGACAGGCCAAGUGUAUGCUGGAAAGGGUCGCGACCUGGAAUUUUGACAUUUUCCUCUACGAUAGAUUAACGAAUGGAAACAGCCUGGUGACGCUGACUUUCCACCUCCUGAACCAGUAUGGUCUGUUGGAGCUGUUUCAGCUGGACAUGGUGAAGCUGUGGCGCUUCCUGGUCAUGGUGCAGGAGGACUACCAUAGCCUCAACCCCUACCACAACGCAGUGCACGCCGCUGACGUCACGCAGGCCAUGUACUGCUACCUGCGAGAACCCAAGCUGGCCAAGUCCCUGACGUCCUGUGACAUCCUCCUGGGCCUGCUGGCAGCCGCCACUCAUGACCUGGACCACCCGGGAGUUAACCAGCCCUUCCUCAUCAAGACCAACCACUACCUGGCCAAGCUCUACAGGAAUUCCUCUGUUCUGGAGAACCACCACUGGAGGUCUGCAGUAGGUCUGCUCAGAGAGACCGGCCUGUUCUCCCACCUGCCUGCUGAGGACGGGCUGAAGAUGGAGCGCCAACUGGGUUCUCUGAUCCUGGCUACUGACAUCAGCAGACAGAAUGAGUACCUGGGAAAGUUCAGGACACACCUGGACCAGGAUGACCUGUGCCUGAGCAAUGCCAGCCACCGACACUUCAUCCUCCAGAUGGCUCUGAAGUGUGCAGACAUCUGCAACCCCUGCAGACCCUGGGAGCUGAGCAAACAGUGGAGCGAGAAAGUGACGGAAGAGUUCUUCCACCAAGGAGACAUUGAGAAGAAGCACAAACUUGAAGUCAGUCCACUGUGUGAUAGCCAGAGUAACUCUAUGGGAAACAUUCAGAUUGGUUUCAUGACGUACGUGGUGGAGCCUCUAUUUGCUGAGUGGGGACGGUUCUCUGACACACGUCUGUCCCAGACCAUGCUGGGCCACCUGGGGCUGAACAAGGCCAGCUGGGGUGGGUUAGUACAGCAGGAGGGGUCCUCUAGCCCUGAGGAGCAGGAACCUAGCAGCCCUGCCUCCAUCACCAUGCCAACGCCCGCCGUCACCCAGUCAGAACCAGAGUCUGCCUCCGCCGCGGAACCCACAGCUGUCACCACGACAACACCCACGGGAGAAACCAACUACAAAGAAAUACCUCAGGGAAGCAAAGAGUCCUGACACUCCAUGUUUGCCCUUAGAACCCUGACCCCUGACCCUUAACCGCUAGCCUCACGGCCUCACCACACACUGGGGAGAGGGUGGGAGGGACAGGGUAUGGCCUUUAACACCCCCCCCUCCCUACUCCCCCGUUUUUGUUGCUUUUGCCUGCCAUAUUUGACAAACCACAGAUUUUAUUUAAUUUAUUUCAUUUUUAAUUCCUUUCCUUGACAUAGAUACUGCUGCUGUAUUUAGUCUUUUUUAUUGCCUUGUUUUAUUUAUUUAUUUGUCCUCUGUAGUUUUGGCCUUACUAAUGUAACACACCACCAUUUUGAUGGCGAAGUGCCAUUUUCAAACAAAGUUCUGUAGGAUGCUUUGAAGGUGAUUUGAAACACACUGAGUAUUGAGAAGAGAUGCUCUCUAAAGACUGCACAGAGAUGCCGUGAUGUGUGUUGAUGCAUUUGAAAGGAAUCUUCCUCCUGAUGUAAAACCAACAAAAAGAUAACAUGACAAGCCCAGUCCUUUUGCUGCCUCUGACUGUUUACAGAUGUCUCUGUUUGUUUGUCCUUGUUGUCCCUUCGAAAUGAAUCAUUAUGGUUCUGCGAUAUGCCUUCUAAGCACAGAUGCGAAGAGCCUCUAGCGUUUGAACUGUCGACCCACUGCUGAAGUUGAGAGCAAAGCCUCCGUCUGACACACACACCCACCAGAUGCCAUAAAGAAACACCACCUGUGCUCCAUUGUAUUAAUCUCCUCCUUACACUGCCAAAAGACUGAAAUGUUGGACACAACUUCUGUUCUGAGAGAACUUGGAACAGACAGAAUGGUAUUCUAGAAUGCAACUGACUGUAGAGCAUGGGUGUCCUCUCACCCUGGACCAGUCACUGAGUCAUAGCACACUCCCCCCACCUGAAAACUUCCAUCACAGCACAACUCUCUCAGGGUUUUGCCAAUCUCGAGGGAGAGGGUGGACUGUAGGAGGGAAGUUUACUGAUGUGGUUUAGCUACCUGUUAAACAUCUGUUUACUUCUACUAAAUGGACUCCAUCUCAUCAUCCUCAUCAUAGCCACAUGCAACCUAGGAGGACUGCUGUACCGAUGCCUUAUAACUAUGCACACUGCGCUAAGUGACCAAACCAGCUCCUGCUACUAGUUCUUCUAGUAAUCUCAUUAAGUACAUCGCGUGCUCAUCCUCUUAAUGCACUGUCUGAUUUUCUUUUGCCUUUUGUUGUGAGGAAAAACUGAACUCAACCCUUUUUACAUACGGAAAACCAAACCGUGUUUUUAAUUUUGUACAUUCCAUUUACAUUUAUUUAUUUUUUAUUGAUUCUGUAGACUGCACAAAGAUUUGAACGAUAGCAGGUGCUUUUUCCUAACUUAGCUGAUUAGUAUUUACGCUGUAAGACUGUUGAUAAACUGUUUACAAUUCGUCACGAAAGCCAUUUUGGGAAGAAGACUUGUCAAGCCAUUUUGUAAAGGAUUUGCCGUAUUGGUCUUUUGAUACAUGCUUGUUGCAGUUACAUUUUGAUUUAAUAAAACCAGU